CCAUCAUACACUCUUCUCACUUCUCCUGCAUGAACAUCUGAGCUUCUAGAUCUCAUGCCAAUCAACUCAAGAUGGCUUUUGAGGCGAAUGAUUUUGUAGAAUGGGAGGGAUAUAUCUCUGAUGAGUCGAGCUUCUUGGGUGACGAUGAGACUAAAGAGCGCCUUGAAGCCGAAUGCGCUGCGCGAAACCCACUCAAGAGCCCGCAGUGGAAAUACCGGCAUCGAGAUCCUAAUGUCCUCGCUGCAAAAGGUAAGGCUGCAGCUGAAGAAGUUGCGCGCGAGAAGAGAGAUGAGGAAAUGCAGUCAACGGCAGCAUCGCCCCAUGUUGCUGAAACUGGUGAGAAGUCAAAGUACUUCGCGGUUGGCUCUCGGGAGCAUGUCAUUGAUCUCACAAAGUUGCCGAAGAGAACGACACCGCAAUUUCCAUCGCCUUCUAGCGAUACUCCCAAGCUUUUCAAUAGAAGGGAGGGUGACGCUGACGCCCGGCAACUCCACGAGAGCAUCGCGGAAUUCACUCAGCGAUUACCGGUCUCAAGUCGAAUCGAAGAUGUCGGACCAUGGAUAUGGAUCGAAAACCCUCAUCAGCGCCGGAUCGAUGAUCACAUGGAUGUGCCCAAAUUCCAAGAACUCGGUCGCAAAUCCUUGGCCAAGUUUACGUCUGACUGCGAAGAAAUUGUAACCUCAAAUCAGGGUAAAGGUCAGGCUACCAUCUCACGUAAAAUAGCGCCCUUGAGAGAGGAAUUGCGAGAUGACAUUGAAAGACUCGCUAGAGAAUAUGGCGUAUUGAGUGGAAAGUGGAUGUUGUUUCCUAACUCUGAGGACUUACCGCGCACAUGGCGACUUGUCGCAGAGGGCGUGGCAGACAAUCGUCUUGGAUGUGCUGCGAAGGUAGGAACCAUCGGACCAGACACAGAUACAAAUAAUGGUCGACUCAUUUGUGUCUACACCAAGGACUUCAACGAUAUGGAAGACAUUCUCAAAGUCAUGCAUGAGCUCAUUGAUCUUAACCUUGUGAACUCCGAUCGCGGCAUCUACUACAAGAUGGAUGCGUAUACUUACCUCGACAUUGCUGGUAAGAAUGAGUAUGGUCUUCGUGCAAGCAAGUAUGGUAGUCGAGAACUCCUCGCGACCAGUUCUCCCCAAAAGAGAUCCUAUCAGCAGACAAAUCGACCUCGCAAGAGGCAGAUGACUCUAGAAGCGUUUCAACGAUAGGAUGGGUUGCAGCGACGAUGUAACGUUAGUUGCCUUUCUUGUCCUCUAAUUUCGUUGCCGUGACGAUUGUCCCAUGUCAGCAUUUUCUUUGUUCUAGCAUUAUACCCUUGAGAAGAUUAUCUUAGAGAGUCUAGCAUACACUUGAUCGACUCUUACUCAUACCACAAUCUCACACUCUGAAAGCCAUCGAUAUCGCGCGAGUUUGUUGUAGUAAACCCUCAUUCCACACUAACCGUGUAGUGCGAAUGACGAC